CCUGUGGGUGGAUCGUUGGUGGUCAGACUUAAUUCUUUCACUUCUUCUCGUUGCCUGGAUCUGAACUUAUGUUGCUCGUCUGAAAAAUGUUUGAUUUAUUUAGUAUUUUGCAGUCCUCCAUGUUUCCGAGUCACCUUGAACGUAACGCAGAAAUCUAACAUGGUGGAACAUCGUUUAAACUAUCAGCAACAUCAACCAGCAACGUUGGAUUUUACAUUCAUCUCGUCUCAAAUCUCCGUGACCUUCCAGCUGCUUUACAACAUGAUUUUAAGAGGAAAACUUCAGGCGGCUGCAUCUGUGCUGGUGAUUGUGAUGAGAGCCUUUUCUGUCCAUACUCUAACCUGCCAUCCAUCUGCUAUUAAAAUAGGGAAUGAAUGCUGUCCCAUGUGUCCCGCUGGAAGUCGAGUUGAAAUUGGCUGCACAUGUCUGCCCUGCACAGAUGGAUCAUAUACAGACAAACUUAAUGGACUUAAACAAUGUUCUCCAUGUCGUAUCUGUGAUUCAGGUGGUGGUCUGAAGGUGGAGCAGCCGUGUACAGCAGCAUCAGAUACUGUGUGUGAACCAGUAGAGGGAUUCUUCUGUAUCCACUCUACAAAGAGCAGCUGUGCAGCAGCACAGACACACAGCAGCUGUGAACCAGGACAGUACAUCAGUACAAACGGAACAUCCUCCUCAGACACUGAGUGCUCCGACUGCAGAGAUGGAACAUUUUCAGAUGGAGCAUCUUCAUCUUGUCAGCCACACACACAAUGUGAAUCUAAAAACCUUCAGCAGAUAAAAGCAGGAACGUCUUCAUCUGAUGCUGAAUGUGGAGAAAAAAGUUCCAGUUUGACACCAGCAGCAGUUGUUGGGAUCAUCUUGGUUGUUUUAUUAUUAAUAGCGACAGUUGUACUUUUAAUUCUCCACAGAAAGAAGAAAUUAUCUCUAAUAAGUGGUAAACAAAGGAAUGCAGCAAAUCACAGAGACGACAGAAGACCUGGAGGGACAACAGACCAAACAGAGAUGUCAUUAUCUCAAAGCAGGGAGGAUGGAUGAAACGUUUGACCCCAGCAGUCCGUUUAUUUCCUUCCACAGGAUUAAACAGCAUGUUUUUAAACCCAGCGUGUCUGUUCACUGCAGAGUUCAUGUGUUCCAGAAUCCAGUUACACUGCAGCUGGAUGCUGGUACUUUGUGCUGCACAGAACUGAACCACAGAAGCAGCUUUUCCAUCUCCACCACGGGGACGAGCACGUCUUCCAGACCUGCCUGCAGCACAUUAACACACAGUACUUCCUUGUGAUUGGUCGGUUUGUGUUUCCAUGUUUCCUGAUUUCUGGAGCUUCUCUCUGAAUCUGGGUGUUAAACACGAAGAGAAACUUCAACACGACGCCAUCGAGUGUGAGAGCACAUUUCACCAGCAUCAGCUGGACCGGCCCGACCGUACGCAGGCACCACGCGAGGAUGAAUCCAGCUUUACUCUGUCAGCACAGUUUGCUGUCACACUGCAGUCAAACAAACCUUUAAGCAUGUUCUUGGCAGCAGUGGCACUGGAUCAGGAAUUACUGAAGGAGAAGACAAAAACCAUGAAGAAGAAAACUUGCUCAUCGAUUGGUUGAUGCAGCACAACUUCCUGCAUUUGAUGGACUUGAAGUGAAGUGAGACUUAACAUUUUUAGGCAGACAAGAGUUCGUUUUAUUGAUCUGCAUCAGUUUGGUUGCACAUUCACACCUCCCUAAAUGAACAGACCGUACCCUUCACUGCAGUAUGGAACUUAGGACAAUGAGAGGACCUAAAUCCUGUUUUAUUUAUGAACAUAAUUAUGGUGAAGUGCACCAUCACAGAAUAUCUUGAGGAGGUGCUGGAUGUUGUUGGACUUGAUGACCCCCAUCAGCACUUGAGGAGAAGAAGAAGAGCUACAACAACCACUUACAGAUGGGGAUGCCUCUUUGUUGGAGCUGAAGACCUGCAACAGGGAGAUAUUCGUUGUCACAGGACCUGCAGACUCAGGUGUGGAAGCUACUAGGACAUCUACACAAAGUAAAGAUGGCUAAAGCAUCUCACAGCAGCAGAACAAUGUAGGUUCCACAGAAAGAUGGCGACCCAGUCUCCUACAGCCUUUAAUGGCUCAGCAGAUGUUUUGAAAAAUCCAUUCACACAGUUAGAAAAUGUCCCAGAGACCAGAGAGAAAAAACUACAGGCUGUAAAAACUGUUUGGUAAAAGCAUGACAUGCAACGUGCUCCAAGAUCCAGACGGAGAGACAAAAGACCACAGACUGCUUGGCUUGUAUGAAGAGAAAAGACCGACCUGGACAUCAGGAGGGACACGCAUUACAGCUGCAUUUAAAAUGAUGUCGAUCUGUUGAUCUCUGGACAUGAUUCAAGCAUUUAAAAUAAUAUUUGUAUAAAUGUAUAAAGAAUUUAAUGACUAAACAGAUUUUAUGGACUGAAUGGGAUGUUUUCAUGUGAGGUUUGUAUGUUUUGUCUCUGACGUUGUCCCGUGUGCGUAUGAAGUAUGUAUAGUUUGUAUAUCUUGCUUCCUGCAGCUCUGAGAACUGAACACGACCGUAGACUGGACAUUUUUACAGUUUUGGUUCACAAUAUUUUCAUCAGUGGAUGGUUUGUUUUAUUUUAACUACCAAUGAGGAGCUGAUUUAAAGGCGUUUAAAGUCAGCAACCAUCAGGAAGUUUGUUCGUUCCUGUUUCCACAGAUCUGUGUGUGUGCUAGAGGAUGAUUUUUAAUAUGGACAUUAAAGAGAUGGGCAG